AUGUCAAAGGCGCAAUGCCCACUAUGUCUGGAGCCGUAUGUGGACAACAGAAACCUGGCUAUUCUCCGACUUGCCUGCUCCCACCGAAUGCACAAGAAGUGCCUCAAGGAUUUCGUCCAAAGCGAUGGGCCCACCAAGGACAUCUGCCCAGAAUGCAGGCAGCCGUAUGCGAUCAUUCCGGAUCCGGAUGGACCAUCAAUCUCCCGACCAACUACAGGAAACGACGACGCGCCGGGUUAG